AUGGCGGACGAAGCAUCCUUCAAGGAUUACUACAGCGUGGUCAUUUUUGGAGCGUCAGGUAACCUUGCUCAGCUCAAAACUUUUCCAUCAUUAUUUGGGUUGUUUCAAAGAGGUAAAUUGAGUUCAAAGUGCCAAAUCAUUGGAUACGCCAGAUCAGAUUUGGAUAGAGAAGAAUUCGAGAGGAGAGCCACUAAAGGGAUUAAGAAUGGGGAAGAUGAAAAGAUCAAACAAUUCUUAGGUAUUACGAGCUAUAUUGAAGGAAAAUACGAUGUUGACGAAGAUUAUCAAAAAAUUACAAAAAGAUGUGAAGAAUAUGAAAAAGAACACAAUGUUGACAAACCACAAAGAUUGUUUUACUUAGCCUUACCUCCAUCACAGUUUGCUUUGGUUCUAUCUCAUAUUAGAAAGAAUUGUUACGACAAGAAAAGUGGAAAUUUUUUUAGAGUAAUUAUCGAAAAACCGUUCGGAAGAGAUUUGAAAACUGCCAGACAGUUACAAGAAGAAAUUGCGCCGUUAUUCAGUGAAAGCAGCAUUUUUCGCGUAGAUCAUUAUCUAGGCAAGGAAAUGGUAAAGAACUUACUUGUUUUAAGGUUUGGUAACGAAUUAUUUUCAAGUGUUUGGAAUAAGAAUAAUAUUGCAUCAAUUCAGAUCUCAUUUAAAGAAGCAUUUGGAACAGAAGGAAGAGGAGGAUACUUUGAUGAUAUUGGUAUUAUUAGAGAUGUAAUGCAAAAUCAUUUAUUACAAGUUUUAACUUUGUUGACUAUGGAAAGACCAACUUCUUUCGAUUCAGAAGCUAUUAGAGAUGAGAAAACAAAAGUAUUAGCUUCAUUUGACAAGAUUGACGUUGAUAAUAUCUUAAUUGGACAAUAUGGUAAAUCAGAAGACGGUAAAAAGCCAAGUUAUUUAGAUGAUGAAACAGUUAAAAGUGAUUCUAAGUGUGUUACAUACUGUGCAUUUGGUGUUAACAUUCACAAUGAAAGAUGGGAUGGAGUUCCAAUUGUUUUAAGAGCUGGUAAAGCUUUAGAUGAAGGUAAAGUUGAAAUUAGAAUCCAAUUUAAACCAGUCGCAAAAGGUAUGUUUAAAGAUAUUCAAAGAAAUGAGUUGGUUAUUAGAGUUCAACCAGAUGAAGCUAUUUAUUUAAAAAUCAAUUCAAAAAUUCCUGGUGUUUCAACCGAAACUUCUUUGACUGAUUUGGAUUUAACAUAUUCAAAACGUUAUUCUAAAGAUUUUUGGAUUCCACAAGCUUAUGAAUCUUUAAUUAUGGAUUGUUUACAAGGUAAUCAUGCUAAUUUCGUUAGAGAUGAUGAAUUAGAUAUUUCAUGGAAAUUAUUUGAUCCAUUAUUAGAAGCAAUUGAAACUGGUAAAACUAAAGCAGAAUUAGAAAUUUAUCCAUAUGGUUCAAAAGGUCCAAAGAAAUUAAAAGAAUUCUUAAGAAACCAUGGUUAUGUAUUUGAUGAUCCAGGUACUUAUCAAUGGCCAUUAACAAAUACCGAUGUUAAAGGUAAAAUUUAG